UGAGUGGAAAAUAAGUGGUUAUGUCUGGUCAUGUAUGAUGUCCUCGAGGAAGUGUGACUGGACCUCCUCUUAGCCAAUCGGAUUUGUGGAUCCCUCACUAACAACAAACAAAAGAUCGGGUUUACCUACAGAGCUAUCUGUCGAUGUCCAGUGUCAAUAUAGUAUAUAGGAUUUAUUGUGUAUCGUGUUAACGCAUAGCGUCGAACUUUUCUAACAUUUUCUAGAUGGCAAAUGUUGGUUAGAGCUGUAGUUUAUUUGCCUUGUGCAUGUCAGCUAAUGUUAGCUAGCUGUUACGAUUGCUUACUUGGACAAGCAAGCUGAGGAGCUAACUCGAGUUGUUCGGUGCUAGCAUUGAAGCUAGCUGGCUAGGACCACGAUAUUUGUGGUCAAGUAAACGACUAGAAAUUGUCACUCUUGAAUAGCAGCCCAGCUGAAAGAAGCUGGCUAGCUAUUAAAACAACCGAAACCGAACGAAUCGUCAUGUCAGGACCAUCAUCGGGCUGUGGAUUUCUGAUGUCGGUUGUUGUUCACGGAGACUCUGCUCUUAACGAGCAGGAAAAGGAGCUCAAUCAGCGACUUAGAAGUCUAUAUCCAGCUGUAAAUGAACAAGAGACUCUACUGCCUAGAUCAUGGAGUCCCAAGGACAAGUUCAGUUACAUUGGUCUUUCACAGAACAAUCUACGAGUACAUUACAAAGGACACGGAAAGACCCCAAAAGACGCUGCCUCUGUACGGGCAACCCACCCCAUCCCAGCAGCAUGUGGUGUUUACUACUUUGAGGUGAAAAUCAUCAGUAAAGGGAGAGAUGGUUACAUGGGAAUAGGCUUGUCUGCACAGGGGGUCAACAUGAACAGACUUCCAGGUUGGGACAAACACUCAUAUGGUUACCACGGAGACGAUGGCCACUCCUUUUGCUCAUCGGGUACAGGGCAGCCCUAUGGCCCGACUUUCACCACUGGUGAUGUGAUUGGCUGCUGCGUCAACCUCAUCAACAACACCUGCUUUUACACUAAGAAUGGUCACAGUCUAGGUAUAGCUUUCACAGAUUUACCGUCGGCACAGCCCAACCUGUACCCUACAGUCGGCCUCCAGACCCCGGGGGAGGUGGUGGAUGCUAACUUUGGGCAGCAUCCGUUUGUCUUUGACAUUGAGGACUACAUGCGCGAAUGGAGGACAAAGAUCCAGGCCCAGAUCGACCGUUUCCCCAUAGGGGAGCGAGAGGGAGAAUGGCAAGCCAUGCUCCAGAAGAUGGUGGCCUCCUACCUUGUUCACCACAGCUACUGCGCCACUGCUGAGGCCUUUGCCAAAUCCACUGAUCAGGCCGUGCAUGAGGAACUGGCUUCCAUCAAAAACAGACAGAAAAUCCAGAAGUUGGUCCUGUCAGGAAGAAUGGGAGAAGCUAUAGACACCACACAGCAGCUUUACCCCAGCCUCUUGGAGAGAAACCCGGAUCUCUUAUUCAUGUUGAAAGUCAGGCAGUUCAUUGAGAUGGUGAACGGCACGGACAGUGAGGUUCGGUGCCUGGGAGGGCGGAGCCCCAAGUCCCAGGACAGCUACCCUGGCUCGCCCCGCCCCUUCAGCAGCCCCACCCACAAAGCCAGUGUCCCCCAAGCCUACCCGACAGGGUUGGACAGUAACUGCUGUAAUGGUGUGUUGUCCAGUAAACCCACCUCUUCAGCCAACUGUAUGAAGGCCUGCCCCUCCACCCUGGCCAGUGGUGACCUCAGCAGCUUGAAUGGCACAUGCAGCCAGCCGCAGCAGCCCCAGCAGCCACAGCCGCAGCCGCAGCCGCAGCAGCCCAGCACCAGCAGUGAAGUGGAGAUGGAGGUGGAUCACUUCUCCAAUGGCGUGUCUGAAUCGUCCUCCAAUGGCUUUCUCAAUGGAUCAACACACGGAGUGGAACCAGAGGACUGUGAUGCCGAGAUGGAGGUGGAGCUGGCUCAGUUCAAGAGGCAACUCUGCGGAGGCAGCCAGGCGGCCAUCGAGAGGAUGAUCCACUUUGGGCGGGAGCUGCAGAGCAUGAGUGAGCACCUCCGUCGAGAGCGCGGCAAGAACGCCGCAAACAAGAAGAUGCUGAAGGAUGCCUUUAGCCUGCUUGCAUACUCAGAUCCCUGGAGCAGUCCAGUGGGCUAUCAGCUGGACUCUAUCCAAAGAGAGCCUGUCUGCUCCACACUCAACAGUGCAAUAUUAGAAACUCACAACCUGCCCAAGCAGCCCCCCUUGGCUCAGGCGGUGGGCCAAGCUGCGCAGUGUUUGUCCCUCAUGGCGCGCACGGGCAUCGGCUCUUGCGCCUUCGCUUCAGUGGAUAACUACCUGCACUAACCUCUAGAGAACCCACCCUCAUCUGCCCCCCCCACAUCCCUCUCGGUGAUGCAGUGAGACCCUUCCCCCUCCCCGUUAUCACCACCCACCAACACGACCCAAGCGGGGCCUGCCAGGGUGCUGAGCAGGGUCCCAGUGCAUUCUCUUAGCCGCCCCCCUUGCACCCACCAGGGCCCUGGCCCUCUCUGAAGACUGGAUCUGCUCUUCCUAGGCCACGUGAGACUUAUGGCACAUCAGGAUGAAGAUCCCUAAGCCAGAAAAAAAAAAAUCCCUAGAGAUCAUUACAUGGUUCUUCUUUUUUUUUUUUUUUCUUUGGCUUAUCUUUUUUAAUUUUAAAGCCUUUUAAUUUUUGGUUGAGGAUAUGUUAAAAUAUGGAUUGGGGGGUGGGGAGGCAAGCUGAUUGUUUGUUUCCUAGUUUACAAGGCAUGAUGCAAAUUAUGGUUAUAAUUAAUGUUAUUAUUAUUAUUAUUAAACUUGCAUAUGAAUAUAUAUUUGUUCUUGGUUGAAAGCUGGCCGAAUCAGCACGACCAACUAAUAAAGGUCCCAUCACAGUGAACCCUCGCUACUCACAAGUGUCAGCCUGUGUACAUGUCACUGAGUCCUGAGUGAAUCCCGAGUGAUCUUGCAUUAAUAAGAAGUGUGAAAUACUUUAGCAAUUUACAUAAAGAAAAUAAAAAGUUUCAACCCAUAAAGUAUAAUACUGCGGGAUUAGGUAUAUUAUGAGAUUGUAGGAGCUCCUCUUAUAAGGACAUUCCUGUGUGUAAACCUCCACUUCCCUUUGCCAACAGCUCAGCAGCUUUGAUGCAAUGUUUGGGCCGCAGAUUCUUUUAAAACUGUGUGUUGUCUGUUUGCCCCCCCUUAUUCUUUUCAAUUUUCUCGCUUUGUUUUUCUCCUUUUAAGCCAGUCUCUUCGAUAACCUAUUGCUUUGUUUUUGCGAAGUAUGGCUGUAUAUCUGACGAGAAGUACAUCAUGUCCGGUCUGAAAGAGACUGUACCCUGUCAGCCAUUUUGAUUUCUUACUCAUACCCCUAUGCCUCUCAGUGCUGUGCUUUAAAAAGUAAUGACUUUGGAGACUGGCUCAGUAUUGUCAACAGCACUGUCUUAAAAUUUACAAUAAAAUUACCCCACCCAGGAGGACCGUG